CCUCUUCCCCGAAGAAAAACCCUUCUCUCUUCUCUUCUCUUUUGCCUUGGCGGCUGCGGCCAACCUUUACCCUCUUUCUCCUAUCCCUUAAACCCUAGAUUCGAUCCCCUGAUUCUGUUUUAGGGUUUCUAUCUUCUUAUCUUUUGGUCGCAUCCCCUUAUCCGAGAAAGGAUCUUAUCAUCAAACCCUCUUUGUUCUCCGAAUCUGAUUAUCAUGGCUACCGUUGCUUCUUCACCUGCUGAUCAAUCUGCUGAUAUGUUGCAGAAGCUUUCUUUGGACUCACAAGCCAAAGCUUCCGAGAUUACUGAGCCUAACAAGAAGACUGCUGUGUACCAGUAUGGAGGUGUGGAUUUGCAUGGUCAAGUUCCUACCUAUGACCGUUCUUUGACGCCAUUGCUUCCCAGUGACGCCGUGGACCCUUCUGUUUGCUAUGUUCCCAAUGCGUACCCGCACUAUUAUUAUGGAGGAUAUGGGAGUGGCGACUGGAGUGAAUACACUGGUUACCAGAACCCUGAGGGUGUUGACAUGAGCUCUGGAGUUUAUGGAGAGAAUGGCUCUGUUAUGUAUCCUCAGAGUUAUGGUUAUGCAACUUAUCCUUACUCGCCAGCAACAAGCCCUGGUCCACAGGUUGGCGGAGAUGGGCAGUUGUAUGGUGCUCAGCAGUAUCAGUAUCCUGCCGCCUUCUUCCCCAGUGGACCUUUUGCUACCCCUACCCAGGGGGAUCUCUCUGCAAACAAACCUGGUGGUGUCAAGACGGUACCUGCGGAAAACAAGAAUGUUGCAUCUGCUGCUGGGAUCGCCAAAGGAAGCAACGGAACUGGGAAACCAAAUAACCAGACCACACAUAACACAGCGAGCAAUUUGUAUGGUUAUCAGGAUCCUAGAUAUGGUUAUGAUGGGUUUUAUGCUCCUGUGCCAUGUUACGACGGCUCUAAGUAUUCAGAUGUGCAGAGGUCUGUAACCGGCAGUGGAGUUGCAUCGUCCUAUUCUAAGGCAACCACUGUAUCGAGGAAUCAAAAUUACCGCUCAAAUUCCCGUUACACGCCUGCAGUGACAGGCUACGGUACAGCUCAGGGAUACUACAACAGUGUGUAUCAAAACAAGGUAUAUGGUAACUAUGGAAAUUCAGGGAGAUAUGGUUCGUCUGGGUAUGAUUCAAGAACAAAUGGAAGAGGAUGGGUGAGCACAACAGACAACAGAUACAGAAACUGGGGAAGGGGUAGCAGUUUCUAUGGAAACGAGAACAAUGCAGAUGGUUUGAAUGAACUUAACAGGGGACCCAGAGCGAAGGGCACAAAGAACCAGAAGGCAAAUUUAGAAGAUAGCUUGGAGGUUAAGGAGCAGACUGGCGAAUCAAAUGUAACUGAGGCUGUGGAGACGGAGAACACAUGCAUUGUUCCUGACAGAGAACUGUACAACAAAGAAGAUUUCCCAGUUGACUAUGAGAAUGCUAUGUUCUUUGUCAUCAAGUCCUACAGUGAAGAUGAUGUGCACAAGAGCAUCAAGUAUAAUGUCUGGGCUAGUACACCAAAUGGAAACAAGAAACUUGCUGCAGCAUACCAGGAAGCUCAGCAGAAACCUGGCGGCUGUCCUAUCUUUCUCUUUUUCUCGGUCAAUGCAAGUGGACAAUUUGUUGGGCUUGCUGAAAUGACAGGACCAGUUGAUUUCAACACAAAUGUGGAGUACUGGCAGCAAGACAAGUGGACUGGCUCUUUCCCUCUCAAGUGGCAUAUUGUGAAGGAUGUUCCAAACAGCUUGCUGAAACACAUCACCCUUGAGAACAAUGAGAACAAGCCUGUCACAAACAGUAGAGACACUCAAGAGGUCAAGUUGGAGCAAGGUUUGAAGGUCUUGAAAAUUUUCAAGGAGCAUACCACUAAGACUUGCAUUUUGGAUGACUUUUCCUUCUAUGAGGUUAGGCAAAAGACUAUCUUGGAGAAGAAGGCUAAGCAACAACAAACCCAGAUACAGGUAAGUGAGGAGAAGAUUGCAACAGAUGAGAAAAAGGAAACCGCAACUGCUGAUUCAGCUAAAAAGGAAUCUCCUCCAGCUGCUCAAACUACCAGUGAUGUCAAGGCUGAUGAGAAUGGGUCUGUUGCAAAACCAGUCGGUGUGGUGGCAAAUGGUUGCUAGAUUAGUCGAUGUAGCUCACGGCUUGGGCAUAAAAGGCAACACAAGAGAGAAGAAAAUUUGAACAUUCCCGUUUCUCUUGAGAAGUGCCGUGAGCUUUGAAGCAUGGAAGGAAGAGCUUUAGUACCUGAUACCGCCGAGAUGCUGUUUCUGUGCCUUUAGAAGUUAAAAGUCCCAGUGUUAUUGUUUUUUCAAUCUUUUCGUGUUCUCUUUUUACCCUGUCUUUACAGUUUUUCUUUUCUUUUUUAAUGUUCUGUUGAUCCUCCUGCCCUGUAAAAAUCUACUAAAUCGUGGAAAAAGUAAGAGAAAAGGAGAUAAUAGCAGGGUGGGAGUUGUUUUCAUUUCUGUUGGAUUGAUAGGCAGAUUUUUUUAAAAAAUUCCCCGUUUUGUUCUUAUGUUUCUUGUUUGGGUUCAGACAUGACUGUUCGUGUUUCAGUUCUCUUAGCAUCAAAGGUUCUUCGAUGGUCUUGUAUCCUUGUCCUCUUUUGGCCUUUCUUGCUUCAGUCUGUCCAAAGUUAAUUCCUAGUUUCAAGAAGACUUGAAGUUGAUAUUUCAGGUUAGAAACA